CAGCGACAACAUCAUGAGUGGACACAGCAAACACCGCGACAUGCUCUAUCCUUCUCGUUGAUCCUCGAAAUAUCUGCUCCCUUCCCCUGCCGGCAUUGCAAGAAAAUACAGCAUCAGAAUUGCGAGCCAAGACAGAAUGUUCACUCCCACCACCCACCACCCCAUGGCGGGGUCGUUCGCCUCUGUGGACAUCACACCAGCCAUCAGCCUCACCGGCGACCUGCCCCAAGGCUUGCCAGCAGAUAUUCUGUGUUUUGUCGGUCCAGAUCUGGCUCAUCAUCUUCUUUUCACUUUGGCGUCGGAGAAAAGCCUGCCGCAAAGGAAAAGCAUUGAUGUCACGGCUUGCGCGGAGGGCGAGCAGGGGGUUCACCAGAUCGCGAGAAAUAUCCUCCUCUUUACCCUCGCCCUUGACUCCAAAAUCACCGCUGAGCAGGCCUGGAACAUCUAUUACGAUGCCUGGCUGACCCCUUCCAACCUCACCGCCCUCCAGACCCAGGCCAAGAAGCUCUUUGACCUUGCAUCCUCCCUCGACGCCUGGUAUGCUGGCCCAUACAGCCAACUCCGCUUUUGCGAUUCUGGGACCCUUGAAUUCGUGAAAGACGUUUGGUCGAAGUACACCACAUCCAAAGCAACCGAAAACUUCGACACCAUCCUGGAACGCUCCCAAAAACGCAAGGAAGAAACAUAUGGUGAAGAAGGGCAGGCAGUUGUCACUUCCAGCGCGAGAUCUUGCGCGCCAUUGUCAGUAGGCGGGCUGGUGGAAGCGCUGACUGAGCUUACUGAGGAAAACUGGCAAGCGACCGUUAAGAAGCAGGAUGAGAAGAAACCAAACCCAGUGUUUGUUGUCGCUUUGGCAGCUAGUGAUGAGAACCAGAGACGAGUGCUGGAAUACCCCACCGAUCCACUGAUCGGCUUCCAUCUUGCCUCUGCCAACGCCCCGUUGACGCCACUGUCGCCAUAUAGAAUCGAGAAUGCGGACAAGAAGGACAUCAAGGAGAGGAUUGUCGAGACGGCGAGGAUGCAGUGGGGUGAUUGGUUGGAGACAUUCAGAGAGGCGGUUGGGGAGAAGAGGGUCACGGUCAGGUUUGCGGCGGCUGACUUUUUCUCAUUGUGCUGGACGUUGAAGAGAAACAAGGAUUGUGGAGAGUUGGAGGCGUGUUGGCAUAGGAGAGAGGUUAGGUUUGACAUUUUGGUCUUGGACGAGAAGGAGUAUGCAGAGGGAGAGGCGCCGAAUGAGUUUGACGUUGUUGACACGGGAGUUUUGGGGGACGAGAAGGGGGUGUUGAAUGUGCUUGUUGCUGGGUUGGUGUUGUUGAAGAGGGUGCCUUCGUCGACGAUAUAUACAGAGUGUUAUGCGAAGGAUUAUGAGGCUAUUUUGGAGGGGUACACGUCAGCGUUUUCGGUUUUGUUGGGGGUGAGCCCGGGGGAGUAUUGGACUAACUCGACGAGUGUGGCGGUUGUGGAUGAAGUGUUGGCUACGUUCAGUGAGAGGUAUGCUGAUGACGAGAGACCGAGGGGCAUUCAAUCGAGGCUGGCGUGGAAGUGGAAUUCUUUGCAGGUUAAGGGGCAGACGGACCAGUUGACUAUGGAGGCGAGGGAUUUGAUCAUGUUCUUUGAAGGGGUGUUUGGUAGGAUCUUCAAGGCUUAUGAGUUGAGCCAGGACAACAGCAAGAGAAGAGGGCCGCAUCACCACUUCCACUUCAACACUGCUGCAGCUAUCCUCAAGGUUCUGUGCGAAAGACUGGGCUUGGACUUUCGAAGGGUGUUGGAUCAAUAUGAAACGUUGCCUGCGGACUUUCGUGCCGGGACUUUGGAACCUCACAUCAAGGGAUGGGGCAUUUGCGGUGUGCCUGAACCGUCAGGAAACUCCGCAUAUAUGGGGGAUUUUCUGUCUGGUGAACCGGCUUUGAAGUUGAACAAGAAGCUUGACUCUGUGGCUAUUACGUUUACUGUGCCGGCGGAGAAGUGGAAGCCGGUAGCCCAGUGUUCCAGAGACCAAGGCAUUCCUCUGCCUCUGAAGGUCACAAUCCCGGAAGCCGAGAUCGAAUACACGAACUACCAGCUAGCGUUCGGCUCUAUCACCAAGUUCAACUCGCCUGACCAGGAUGGCGUCCCAGUCAAAGUGGAUGAAGACAAAGAAGAAUGGUCCGGGUCUUCUGAUAUAGUGGUGUCGCUAUAUGUCCCUACGGAGAAAUUGGCGGGCUUCCAACAAUCCAAACAGAGUGUGGCGCUGUGCACUGCAGACCCUUUCUACAACCGAUUGGCGUACAAGACGGUGCUGGGCAAUCAUCAAUGCGAAAUUCACCGAGUACCCAUCGAUAGUGUACUCGUCACACAUGUACUUCCUGGGCAGUGGCUCCUCGAAAAUGAGACGGUAUCGGUUGAGUCAGCGACCAAGAAGCUUGGCGAAUCAGAGGUGACUUCUUCGAUGACUCCAUGGUUUACAGCUAAGCUGGAUGAAAAUGCUGUGGAUUCUGAGGCGGAUGUUGUCUUGCAGAUCAUCGGGCACAUUGAUAUCACCUUGGAUGAAUGGCGUAGCUUGUUGUCGGACAAGUCAGUGCCCAUCAAGAUGGAGCAAGUCUCGCCCUUCACCAUUGAAGUGGUCUUUGGCGCCCGGAAGUUGGUCUUGCCCAUGAUCUUCACAGUUCCUGUCUCCAAGGAGAAGUGUGCCCUAAGAGUGGCACGCAAGUCACACUAUGUUGAGGUGGUUUCUUCUUUGGUGAAGCCGUUGGAUGUGCCCCAACUUGACACGCACAUCCUGCCGUCGACAGCGAUUCAGCCAUCUGGGAUCCCGGCUACGCUCAACAUCCCACACCUUAACCUUGACAACCUUCCCAUUCUGUCAAUCGACGAAGAUGAGGAUGAGGAUCCCCGGAUCAAGUUUUUGACCACCCUCACCUCCCUCAUCUUCUCGGGACGUGAGCGCCGUCUCCGCGAGGAGGUCAACGCACAAGACGACAACUACACCGGUCUCGGCCCUUCCCCUCGUCUCAACUUCAAGGAGUCCCUCUUCACCAUGUUUAUGCUCUCCUCUGGUCUUCAAGGAGGACAAACAGGACUCUUUGCCAUUUCGGACCCCAAGAAUGGCGGCAUUCACAUGCUGCUCUUUGUCAACGCCAUCCGCCUUGACUGUCCCCAUGCCACGGUCGUCUUGGAUGCUGCUAUUCUUCCUUUCACAAAGGCUUUGGUUGACAGCAAGGAGCUAGAGGGCUUUUUGCUGUUGAUCAGAACUUUGGAAUGCUGCACCAUCACCGUUGAUGACGAAGAGCUGAAGAUGUGGAAGAAGGCUUUGCCUGCCUUUGUUGAGAGGUGCAGAACUUGGGAACAUAACCCCAAGACGUGUGAGUAUGUUACUGCCUCGGGGGAGAAAGGGCAAAAGACUGUUCCGUUGAGCUUGAAGGAGGGGGAGCAGGUUAUUUGCUCUUGUGGUCAGGGGAAGUUGCCUUCGGAUUUCAUCCCGCUGCCGGAGUGGGAUGAGACUGCUGCGAUGUAUUCUACUAGGGUGGCGAUCAGCCCAGUUUAUGCUUCGCAGUUGGUGGAGGAUAUCAUUGACCCGGCACUGGCGAGAGGGUUGGCGGGGGGUGGUGAGAAGAGGGUGGCGGGUUGCAGGGCGUGUGGAAAGGUGGAGGAUGAGGAGGAGGGGGUGACCUUGAAGAAGUGUGGGAGGUGUUUGAAGGUCAGGUAUUGCAGUGGGGAGUGCCAGAAGAGGGAUUGGAGGAAGCAUCGGAUGGAGUGUGAGGAGGCUGAGGAGCAUCACCGGAAGAGCAAGGUGUAAAGAACUUUAGAGGGUUAAAUGAUCAAUCGAUGGUUUCAUGUAGCCGUCUCAAGUCCCGUUCUCUGCCAAUUGUGAUGGCCCCAAAGCGCGCAAUGUUGGCGGCAUCAUGCAGUUGCUCAUCCACC